AUGGAAGACAUGCUGUCUCGUUCUUGGGCUCAAGUAAGAUGGGAAGAAGAUGUCGCUAGUAGGGUUAAAGCCGGUCCGAAUUAUGAUCAGAAGUUGUCAAAGCCUACAAGGAGUGACCGCGACAAACCUCCUCACUCUAAGUCCGCUAGGGAGACUAGUAACCCGAAUAGGGGCAGGUAUCAUCAUCGACCUUUGCCUAGAUCUGAAGGGAUGAUGGUGUCUACUUGGCCUGACAUCUCCCAUCUUGCAAUAUCCAAACCGGAGCUGAUCGGUGUCUUACGACAAAUGGGUUCUCAAGUCAAGUGGCCUCCUAAGAUGAAAGCCGCGGAGGCUAAUCGAAAUCCAAAUCGAUGGUGCGAGUUCCAUAGUGAUCAUGGUCAUACUAUGGAGGACUGCAUAGCCCUAAAGAUGGAAGUCGCCGAGCUCCUCAAGAAAGGCUACCUACGGGAGUUCCUCUCGGAUAAAGCCAAGAAUCUUCUAAAUCAACAAGGGUCCCAGUCUCCCUAUCGAGGCAGCUCCUGCAUUGCCACCACAGCAAGACCGAGUGAUCCACGUCAUCACAGGCGGAUCAGAGAUGAGAUCAGUUUCACUGCAAGGGAGCAGGAGAAGGUCCUCGCCCCUCAUCAUGACGCUCUCGUCAUUUCACUUACCAUAGCAAACUGCUUGGUCAAGCGGAUACUAGUAGAUAAUGGGAGCUCCGGCAACAUAAUCUUUUAUUCGGCCUUCGCCGAUCUGGGUUUGGAACCUACAGCUCUAACCAGAAAGGCAACCCCCCUCGUAGGCUUCAGUGGAGAAGUCAAACAAACCUUGGGAGAGGUCCUUCUUCCUGUGUAUGCCGAAGGGGUAAACCAAGCCACAAAAGUUCCUGGUCGUCGACUGUUCCUCAUCAUACAACGUGAUAUUGGGAAGGCCAUGGAUCCAUGA